AUGGAUUUUGAAAUCGGACUUGAUUUUGAAGCCAGUUUGGUCGAGCAGAUGGCCCGUGACGGGUUUCAGCCGAAAAACGAUGUUUAUAAGACUUUGGGAAUCGUUCCUGAUAACAGACGUAUGCCACCACUUAAAAGUAUAUCUGCCACAUUCGAAUUACCGAGUAGUGACAAGCAGAGCGACGACACGAUCGAUGAACAAGUACUGAGUCGAUACCUAUUGCUGGAAGACGUCAACUGCACUAAUCGCGAAAUCAGCGGCAUGGUAAGGGUGGCGAACAUCGGGUUCUCAAAAACAGUCAAGAUUCGAUACACGCGAAAUAACUGGCGCACAAGUGAGGACAUUAUUGCCGACUAUGUACCCUAUUACAAACCUAGUCCAGAGAAAACGAGUUGCCCUGAGACGCUGAGCGCCAAUCUGACGGAGUGCAAAGAAAAGACGGAAGAUACAAAGCCACCGGUGACGGAACGAUUUGCCUUCGUACUACCAGUACCAAAGGAUUUUGGCGUCGGCUCUCGUCUAGAGUUCGCCAUCUGCUACGAAGUAAACGGCCAGACUAUAUGGGACAAUAACAAUGGACAAACUACAGUUUCGAGUGUUUAA